CUAGAAGUUCAGUCUGUUUAUCAGGACAAAGACAUUGGACCGCUGUGCUGGAGGACAAAAUGGGCAAAAUGCUCCCCUUUAUGGUUUUUGUUCUGCUGGGAAUACACAGCUCUGCUGCUGUGACCCACUCCCUGAAAUAUUUCUACACUGCAUCGUCUCAAGUCCCAAACUUCCCAGAGUUUGUGGCUGUUGGUUUGGUUGAUGAUCUUCAGAUGGUUUACUAUGACAGCAACACCCAGAAAGCAGAGCCCAAACAGGACUGGAUGGAGAAGAACAAUGAUGAGCAGUACUGGAAGACACAGACUGGAGGGCUUCAGGGUACCCAGCAGUCCUACAAAGCCAAUAUUGAAAUUCUAAAGCAGCGCUUCAACCAAACUGGAGGUGUCCACAUUGUCCAGUUCAUGUACGGCUGUGAGUGGGAUGAGGAGACUGGACAGGUUACUGGGUAUCAACAGUAUGGCUAUGAUGGGGAAGACUGGUUAAUUUGGGACAUGGAGACAAACACAUGGAUCGCUCCACAACAACAGGCUACAAUUACUACAAACAAAUGGAACAAAGACAAAGCUAAUCUGGAGUACAGAAAGAACUACUUCAACCAGGAGUGUCCUGAGUGGCUGAAGAAGUAUGUUGGCUAUGGAAGGAGCUCUCUGAUGAGAACAGAUCUUCCAUCAGUUUCCUUUCUCCAGAAGACUUCCUCCUCUCCAGUCAGCUGCCACGCUACAGGUUUCUACCCGAACAGAGCUGAGAUGUUCUGGAGGAAAGAUGGAGAAGAGGUUCAUGAUGGUGUGGACAAAGGAGAGAUCCUCCCUAACAAUGAUGGGACCUUCCAGAUGAGUGUGGACAUAGAUCUGUCCUCUGUUGCAGCUGAAGACUGGACCAAGUAUGAAUGUGUGUUUCAGCUCUCUGGAGUCAAAGAAGACGUCACCCACAGACUGGAGAAAACAAGGAUCAGGACUGGGAAUGAUUCUUCAGGGUUCCCCACCGGGGCUGUGAUUGGGGGGGUUGUUGUGGGACUCCUAGUUCUGGUUGCCAUCAUCGCUGGGGUCGUCUGGUGGAGAAGAAAUAAUAAUGGGUUUAAACAAACAAAUACUUCUGACACUUCAUCAUCAUCUUCUUCAGAAGAUCCUAAGAAAGCGGGCGGCGAACAGCAGAAGAUGAUCGCCUGAAUGACUAAGAAAAAAAAAGUCUGUUCAUAAAUUACAACAUCAAGACAAAUUCAAAUAACUGAGAUUUAAUCAUUCAAUAUCUAUGAAACUUGUUUGAGACUUUUCAGUUUUAUUUUGCUAUCCUGCUGUAGUGCUUUUAUUUAGAGUUGGAUAAUUUCGGUUAACUGGCAACAAUUUAUCUGAUUUCUAAUGCCAGAGUGAGCUUAAAAAUGAAGUCAAAGUUAAACUUGGACUGCUUAAUAUAACAUACAAUUUUGUAUAUUUUACUGUGUUAAAUAAUCAGCAAUCUUAAGAUUUUUUUUGUUUGUUCUCCAUCACUGUCUUGUAAAUAUCCAUAGGUAUGAAUUAUAAAUAAAAGUUAUUUCUUAACUUGUGUUUGAUUACAACAGUUUCUUUCAAGUGGUGUUUUCCAUCAUUUCUUUGAAUUGGUCUUAUUUCAUUACAUCUUUAACCUAGAUAUAAUGAAAUAACGUUCUGCUAGUGGGGUUUGUACUGUAUGUGUUGCAAGUUUAUUAAAUAUAUUUAAAAUUUGAAAUUCCUUCAGAAUUUUUUUCUUUAACUUGUAACAACAUGGGUUUUUGAAGUGAUUAAAAGUGCUUUAAAAAAGA